UCUAUACUGCCCUCUCUUGGGAUAGAUYAAUAGAUACAGGCCUACUGUGUUCAUAAUGUGGCAUUAUAAUUCCCACUGUCGUUGUUAAUCGGAAUGUCUGUCUACAUCCAUGAUAUACCAGUGUUUAAAUACAAUAACUACCCUGUCAUCAGGUUUUCAGAUGAAAGAUAUUUUGUAUUUUCCUGCAMCUUUUAUUAGGGUUGUAUUCUUGAAGAUGCUUGUUUUAGUCCUACAUGAUGUGCACAGCAAAACAUUCCAUAUUUCUCCUGCACUUCCUUGAGUGCGGUUGGUGUUAGUGUCCUUCGGACGUUUUUAAAAGUAUUAUUUUCCACCUCCAACUGGUUUGACCUGUGAUGUUGAGACGUCCCCACAGCGACAGGACAGACACUUUGCAUAUCCUGUUUCUGUGAGUCACUUCAGUUGGUUGGUGGCUAGUGCUGCUAACGUUAGCUAGCUGGAUACUCUGACUGCUGGACAAAAUGACUUCUUGACAGCUUCAUUCAACGGCUGUGUGUUGAUGCAACGGAACAGAACAGAGCUGAAGAUUAGAUGGACGGGUUUGCAGGUGACGUACUGAGCGGUGGCCGGGCGUUGCUAGGCGAGGACAGCUCGGUCAUGGCCCGCAUGCAGAAGACGUUUUGGAAGACGAAGCAGGUUCUGAUCAAGGCCACAGGGAAGAAGGAGGAUGAGUACGUGGUGGCUUCUGAUGCCGACCUCGACGCCAAGCUGGAGUUGUUCCACUCGGUCCAGACCACCUCCACUGAGCUGCUGAAGGUGAUUGAGA